AUGAGGCGAUCCAGACUCACUGGAAGAACCAAAGCCCAAGAUACAGAGUUCGGUUGGUAUUUCGCUGGAAAAUCGAUGGACAAGAGACAUUCACGGGGCCGCCGAAUCAGGCUGAUCCGCUACGGGCCUGAUAUGGAAACUUGUAUCCACAGUCGAUGCCCUUCGCCGCCGCCUGUUCCAGAGAAGCCAAUUUGUACAUGCGGAUGCGAGUUUCACGCCCAGGAAAGACGUUCUCAAUCACCCAGUAGCAGUACAUCUUCGGGCUUUGAGCCGGGUUUAAGAUGCAAAUCGUGUGGUGGAUUCCAUGCUACCAAAAAGGAUCGAUCUCCGCAGGCAGAGAAACCGGUUUGCACCUGCAACACCCGAUGUGAGCUUCACAUCAGAGAGGACCGCCCCCGGUCUCCAACUGAGAGUGAAUCAUCGGAUUUGGAACACACCAGAAAAUUUCAUUGUCGCUACUGUCGCGCUGAGAGGCGUGAGCUGGGUGCCAGUGGCAUGCGUCCCACCACAGCCAGUAGCAGUGACUCUUCCGCCUAUGAGCACUCCAGAAGACAUCGUGGUCGUCGCUACACUGUGACAAGGGAGUCUGAGACUUCCCCAUCCGCAGAGAGAUGGCACCGAGAGGUCUACACUCGCACCAACACUCCUGCAACAUCGACGAAGUUGAAUUCGCCCCGUACAUCUUUCACAACUGCGCCACCCCCGCUUUAUCAUCACCACUGUCACAGAGCAAUGUACUAUGAAGAGCAUCCCGAGCUCUGUCGGGCCUUUCAUUCACCUGUGCCAAAGCCGACGCCAACACGGACGCAAUCUCGUCAGUCAAGUGGGAAGUCUCAUCGUAACUCCCAGGAAAAGUCCACUCAGCGUCAGCCCGGAUGUACCUGUGGAAGACAUCUUUCUCCCGAACAUGUCUCAUCUCCAAAGACUGGAUCGCCGAAGCCCGCUCCCAAGUCUGGCGUCCUGUAUUGCACCUGUUUCCCCACGGAACGGUUCUUUGUCGAUGAACCGGGAUAUUACACCGCUUUUGAGGAUGAUACUGCGUCUGAGACCUCGAUGUAUGCAAUGCCCGCAAAUGACGGGGAUCAGGGUGAAUCGUAUUGUCCUCUUUACCACCGAUGCCGUCCGAGGCUCGAGCGAUAUGGGUGGGUUUGUGGGCGGAAGUGA